AUGAUACGAUGAUAACAACAGCGCCAUUUGUAUUUCCUCCUUCUGGAAGCAAACGUAUUAAAUUUCCGAGGCCAAAAUUUUUUACAAUAGUUUUCAAUUUCAGACAAGCCAAUGCUGACAUUGACAAAAAUCUGACCAAUUCAGUCAACUCGCAUCUUACUGUCAUACUGCGAUUAAUUGCAUAUAAUAUUUUCUCGUUUCAAGCAAUCAAAAUUUCCAUUGAUGAAAAUGUUUGAAUUCGGUUAAUUUUGAACAGCCAAGACUCCGACCAAAACCUGACCAUGUUAAUCAACUCACAUAAGCAAGUCAUUAUACUACUACUAGUGGCAUUUAUAUUUUCUUCUUUUAGAAGUGAACUUGUUAUAUUGCUGAAGCUAAAAUAGCGGUAUUCUUUUUAUUUUGGACAGCCAAUACUGACAAUGACCAAAAUCUGACCUAUUGGUAAAGUCAACUCGCAUAAAUAUGUCUUACUAUGCGAUUAAGGACAUAUCAGAUUUCUUUCUUCCAAUUAAUGGAAAUUUCUUUUGAUGAAAUGAUUGGAUUCGGUUAAUUUUGGACAGCCAAUACUGGCCAAGGCUAAAAUUUGACGAAACUGAUAAAAGAAGGACGUUGAAAUUACUCAGAAUUGGGAGAUCUUCGGGUUCGGAUUUUUUUUCAGCUACGGUUGGAAAUCCCGCCAUUCCAGGGUGAAAAUCGAUCGUAGGGGGCCCCCGUUGGCAGCCCUGGGAUUUGGUGAAGAUGGCGCAGGGCCACCGAGCCGGACCACGAACCCUCAGACAGCGAGCCACAACUACUGACAUCGUUAUGCGUCUCAACUGAAAAAGUAAGGCAGACGAACCACGUCCUAAACGAGACGCGAGCCCACCGGCCACGUCGGCAUCCAACGAACUAGUCCACUACGACAACAGGAAAUGCCAGAACAGAGCAACGAUUACAGGGUGGUGGUGUUCGGCGCAGGAGGCGUCGGAAAAUCCUCCCUUGUGCUUCGAUUCGUCAAAGGAACAUUCAGGGAAAGCUAUAUCCCGACUAUCGAGGAUACGUACAGACAAGUGAUCAGCUGCAAUAAGAACAUCUGCACCCUCCAGAUCACGGACACGACAGGCAGCCACCAGUUCCCAGCGAUGCAGAGGUUGUCUAUAUCUAAAGGGCACGCAUUCAUCCUCGUCUACUCGUGCACGUCGAGGCAGUCGCUCGAGGAGCUACGGCCCAUCUGGGACGUCAUUAGGGAGACGAAAGGCGCCGACCUCGCGUCCAUACCCGUCAUGCUUGUCGGGAACAAGUGCGACGAGUCGGAGACGAGGGAGGUCUCCAGCGAAGAUGGAGAGAACGAGGCCAAGGCCUGGGGAUGCCACUUUAUGGAGACCUCCGCCAAAACGAACCACAACGUCAAGGAACUCUUUCAGGAGUUGCUGAACCUCGAGAAGAACCGCAACAUCUCGCUGCAGCUCGAGAAGAAGGGCCAGCUCAAAGGGACGAAGAAGAUCAGAGAGAAGUGCCGGCUCAUGUAGUUUUUCAGAGCCCGUGAGGUCUCGCCAACACCUGUGAUAGAAUUGAAUAUAUAUAUAUACAUAAACAAAAAAAAAUCUACAAAACAAAAAAAUCCAAAAAAAAACAACAACAGACAAACAGGCCGAACCCUGCAUAUCUAUUAAUAAGACUUCUCUUUUCACCACGAACAUUUUUCACACGAUUAGAAAUUUUUUUCUUUUGGUCGUACACCUAAAAUCUCAUCCAAAAACUAUUGAACAAUUGAAUCAGGCUGUUAGGUCGUAAAAGUCUGUAAAGCAAGAAUAAAUUUAACGUAAAGGACGAAAAGACCUGUAGUAACAAAGAAAACUCGAGAUCUUCCAUCCGCAAACAUUCUCUACUUUUUGAUCAUUCAAAAUAAAACUUCAAAUCCCACAAAAAACUACAACAAUCAAAAGAGAAAAUUAAAAAGUUCGGUCUUUGUGUUAAAAAAACCAAGUUCACAGACAACGAAAUUUAAAAAUUGAAUGCGCCAAGAUAUAUUUUGCGUGGAUUUUUUUGGUCUUUUUUUUGGACGAUGGGUCAAUACUGUGAUAAAAUUGGGGAGUAGCGACGGUUGGCACUUUUCAUUUCUCUUCAAAAGAGGGGAAAUUUCGGGGCGCUGAUUUUUUUUCUCUCUUUUUUCGCGUACCGGUAAUCUUUCUAAGCCGUUGGGAAUUGCAUCUAAAAUUGGUUAAGUUUCAAGGCUUAAUAUUUGGUAUGUUUUAUUCAAAUACGAUAGGACUUAACCUUAUAAAACUGUAAUGUAAUAUAACACUGAAAUACCCAGUUCAAAUUAUCAGAUAAUGAUAUGGCCUUAGAUACGCUCAAAAUUUGGUCAAGUAGUUUCAAAUCCUGGGACUUAAUAAUCGACAUGUUUUGCUAUAAUUAGACAGGACUUGACGUUAUAGAACUAUAAUGUAAUAGACCACUGAAAUAACUAGUUCAAAUUAACACAUAAUAUUAGGUAGGCUCAAAAUUUGGUCCAGUAGUGUGAACUCCUGGGGCUUAAUACUUGACAAGAUUUACUUUAAUACGACAGGACUUGAUCUUAUAAAACUAUAUACAGUUUAACUAUUAAAUACACAAGUCUGCGUUAACAGAUAAUGCUAUAGCCUUAGAUAGACUGAAAAUUUGGUCAAGUAGUUUGAAGUCCUGGGGCUUACUACUUGACCAGAUUUACUUUAAUACGACAGGACUUGACAUUAUAAAACUAAAACGUAAUCUAACUCUGAGAUACCCAGUUCAAAUUAAGCGAUAACGAUAUAGCCCUAGAUAGGCUCAAACAGUAGUCAAGUAGUUUGAAGUCCUGGGGCUUAAUAUUUGACAAGAUUUACUUUAAUAUGAUAGGACUUGACCUAAUAAGACUACAAUGUUGUAUAACUCUCCAAACCAUUAUAACAACAUGAAAGUAAACGGGUCGUUAUUUGGGCCAAUUAGACCAAAGCAGUCGGUCUUUACAAAAAUGACCAUUUCAGGUUUUAAUAAAUUCUAAUCGGCAGUAUUGCCGAUUAGAAUAGUCCGAUGCGACCAGUUUACGUACUGCAACAAAUAGAUCUUGUAUUGAAGACAUGACAACGAAUAGACUUUUACUUUGGUUGAUGGAAGCUACAAGGUUUUUCGAGUCAAUAUUCCAUUAAAUCGAUAAUAAUCGAUUAUUUAAAACUAAAAAUUGAUCAAUUAGACUCUUGCAGCGGAUAAGUUUCGGUCGUAUGAUAUGGCCUCAUGUAGGCCCAAACUUUGGGAAUGUAGUUCAAAGCUUCUGGUCGUCACAUUCGACCCGUUCUACUUUAAAUCGAUAUUGAUCGAUGUUCUCGAUCUCCGACUAGAAACGAGUCCGUAUCGUGCAAAAACGGACGGCGUAUAGAACCGAAACACUUAGAGCCACCGGACGACCCGACAGCACUAGGUGUUUAUUGUCUCUGUCUUUCGAUCUAUUUCAAGUCGCAGGUUUUUAACGAAGGGCACGCGCGCCUUGCCAUAAAAUUGUUCGAUUAUGCUCUGUAAUUUUUUUAAAAAUUUUAUUUUAAAUUUUAUUUUAUGACAAUUCCCAGUCGGCUGACUUUUUAUUUAUUAAACGAAAUAGAAUAAAAGGGAAACACUGCCGUCCCAGUUGCUUAAGAAACACAAUGAAAACGAAGAAACACCGGCAAUAGAAGAAAAAUCUCGCACAACUCGAUGUACAAAAAGAAAUAACCCUAAUAAAAUUUAAAAAAUAUAUACAUAUAUAAAUAUAUAUAUGAUAAAUGUGUAAAGAAAAAUUAUAUAUUUAAAAAUGAAAAUUUAAAUUAAAUAAUAGUGAUUAAAAAAAUAAUAAUUAAUGAUUAAAAAAAAGAAAUGAAAAAACUAGUAGCAACGAAUCUUUUUCUCCAUGGAUUUUUUUACUAUUUUUUGUCCCUCUUUAAUUAAUAAUAAAUUAAUUAUUAACGAAGGGAAAUAUUAAGAAACAACUAGAUGAACGCUUUUAUAGGGGCAUGAUUAAAAAAAAGCCUUUUUAGAAAAAGAAGCCGGGGGGUUUUUUAAUAAGGUUUUCUCUCUCACUCUUUCUCUUUAUCUCUCCUCUUCUCUCUUUCUCUAUCUUGUGCUUGUAAAAAUUAAUUAAUCUUUCUCCGCUUGGCAAGACACAUAUCAAAGGAAAUUUAAAAAAAAAUUAAUGUGUAUAAUUUUUUCUAUUGGAUUUAUAGUAGAAGAUUUAGACAUGUUCUUUUUAUAAAAUAAUUAUUUUUCUUGUAUAUAUUUUUUCUUUACUUUAAUUUAUUU